GAGUGACAUUGAGUUGGCCACGCCCAACCAGUCACAUGACCACCUACCCAUGCCCACCGAACUGGUCAUUAGAUCAUAUUAGUGGUCCGUGGGAUUUAAAAUUAUGAAUUUAGUGAUCCCUGAGGUCCGAAAGGUUGGAGACCCCUGGCCUAGACCACUAACUCACUUUGUCUCCAUUUCACAUUUAAGUAACUUGAAGUAGCAGCUUCAUCUCAGUGUUUUUAGUGUUUGCAGCCCACUCUGAAAAAUUGUUUGAUGAGCUUACUAAUAAAUGAAAGUUGUGUACUUUCAGAAGAAACUAAGGUUGCUGCCCAUGCAUUAUCUUCUCUUCUUAACCACAGAUGAAAAAGUUAUCAAGUUAAAAUUGAGGAGACAGAAAAAACAAUCCUUUAUUGAACCACUGCCAACUCAAAAAGAAGCCUCAAUAGUACACUAAGCUUAAAUACAUUUUGAAAAGUGAUUGACAGCAUUUCUGCCAAUAUAAAUAGUUAUUUAAAUGAUGAAACUCCAGGAUUACAAAAUUUUAUGAGAGUUUCAUGAUCUCACUUGAGAUUUCAAUUUUAUUUUAGUGAGAACUCCUUAAGUGACCAGCAGAUGGUAUUUUAUUGAUCCCUAAUCUAUGACAUUUUAUGGUUUCUGUGUGAUCUCAAAAAUUGAAAUGACACAAAUUUAAUGAUACGGAAUUUAAGGAUUCAGAUAGUUUUCUUGGAAAACUGGGGACUAUUUUACAAAGAAGUGUUGGAAGGUAUAACAUGGAAAGAACAACAUAUUAGAGUCACAUAUAUGUCUUGAUUUACUAUUUGGCCUGGUUUUUUUAUUAUUAUUAUUUACAAAAAUCUUUUGUAAGAUUUUGUUGCACAUAUGUCUCAUUCCUUGAAGUAAAAAUCAGAAUAAGAAAGAAAGAGAAAAAGAAAUGUCAAUACCAUUAACCUUGGUAUCCUUCUAGAGCAGUUUCAGGGUUUGGGAGUGGGAGGGCUCUGUGUUGUCCUGAUUCAUUUCCUUCAUCUGUGAUCACUCUCAGUGUUGAUAGGAAGUGAAAGGUCCAACCCACAUCCCUUUUUGAGGGUCUGUCAGGAUUUGAUACUUUCGCAUUUCUGUUUAACUUCUACAUGAAGCCGUGGGCAAGAUUAUCUGCCACCACAGGCUGAGAAAUCAAUAUGCUGAUCACCCAGCUAUAUAUCUCGGUCUGUGGUGAGUUAAGCAAUGCUAUAAAACCCCUCUUGCAGUGCUUGGAGGCUGUUAAGGGCAGGAUUGAGAAGAACAGGUUGAAACAACCCUGAGAAGAUGGAAUGGCUCUGGGUUUGGGGUUCUUUGGUCCAUGGACAACUGACACCUUUGUUCUGGAUUGGAUGGCACUGCCCCAGAUUGAUGGGAUGCAUAAUCUGAGGGUUCUUCUGGACUCAUGACUCCUGCUUGAGGAGCAAGUAGCACUCUUGGCCAGGAGGGUCUAGACACAACUGAGGGUUGUGCAUCAGUUACGUCUUUCCUAGAUCAACAGUUCCUGUCCACAGCCACCCAUGCAUUAAUCACCUCCUGUCUUGACUAUUACAAAGCAUUCUACAGAGGGCUGUCCUUGAAAAUAUUUGGAAGUUUCAAUUGGUUCAAAAUGUGAUGGAUUGCAUGGUUUAGUGCAGGCCUAGAUGUGCACAUGUAUCAUCUUUUUGUAGGAAGUGUACUGAUUUUCUUCCAAUUCAAGAUGCUGGUUGCCACCUUCAAAGCCUUAUAUGGUUUGGGAUCAGAUUUCUUGAAGGACCAUCUUUUCCCUUUAACAUUUACCUGAUUCACCAGAGUAGGGAGGCUGGAAAUGCUACUGGUUCAUCCCCUAGGAGGUCCAUUUAGUGGAACCAAGACGAAAGACCUCCGCCAUGAUGCUUGCUCCCUAUGGAACAUCUUACUUGCGGAGAUAAAAUUGCCCCCAGUUUGACACAUUUUCACAAGGCCCUGAAGACCUAGUUUUGCCAAUGGACUUGGCCCUAGAGUAGGAUGGAACCCAUCAAAUGAUUCAUUUGACUGUUUUUGCCAAGAGAUAGGGGAUUAUUCCUUUUAAUUGCUUUUUAUAUUGGGUUUUUAUCCUUGUAAGCCACAGUCUAUCAAUGAGUUAAGCAGCCAUAUAAGUUUUCCUAAAUAAAUAACAAAAGAGGAACCAAAAAGAAUGGUGCUCUUCAGCUAUGACUAUAAUUGGCAUGCAAUUACUGAUCCUCUAUAGCAGAAUUAAUUGGUAAUCAAGAGGUGGCUUGGAUUAUAAUUCUUUUAUAAUUGAGUGAGGGAGAGGAAGACUUCAAUAUCCUUUGCUUGCACUGUUCCUGCUUUUUGAAGAGAAGAUCUGAAAAUCUAAGCUAAUUGUGAUCAGUUAUGAGAUCUUUGGAAAUCAAUAGCAUAAAAAUAUGUCUGUAGAGACUGGCAUUAAAGUUUUAUAGCUUCUGUGUAAGAGUCACAUAGAAAAUGCCAUACCAGUAAGUAGAAAUAAAAUGUUCUCUCUUAUCCAUAUUUCAGGUAUAACAGGGAUAAUCUAGACUCCAGCAUAUCUUUAUCAUUGCAACUUGGCCAAAGGAUUAAUCCCUUAGAGCAGUACUUUCCAAACUGUUCUAUUUAGAGAUCUUGACAUUCCUUGGAAGUUUAUUAGGUCUUCCCCAUAACUGCAGACUGGUUUCUCUGAAAAACAUUUUGUCCUUCAGUAAUAAUAUAGUUGUUUUCUUAUUAAAAUGUUGCAGAAAAAGGGUUUGGCUGAAGCCCAUGGCAAAUUCUGAUUCACAAUUCAUAUAUUUAUUUAUUUAUUUAUUUAUUUAUUUGUUCAUAUUUUUAUACCGCCUUUCUCCGAAGACUCAGGGCGGUGUACAGCCAAUAAAAUGACAGAAAUCCUAAACAAAUUAAAAUACUAUAACAAAUUUAAAAAUCUGAUUCGACCGCUGUAUACUUAAAAUAUUAGCUAAAAUUUUAUCAAAAACUAAAACCCUAUUAAAACCCUAUUAAAACCCACUAAAACCCCCAUACUAAAAUCAAUCAGGCCAGCCCCGCUUGGUGAAAAAAGAAAAUCUUGAGCUCAUAUAGAACAUGAAGUACAUUUGUAACACAAAAUUCUCUAUAAGAUGGAAAGUUUUAAACAGAUAGAGAAAACUGGUUAUUUUAGUUACUGAAAAUUCAAAAUACCUUUCUUGAAGAAUGGUUAUUCCUGCAUCAUUAUAAUAAUUCAGACUUAAAUGAUAUUUACUAGAAAAGGGAUCUCCAACUUCUUUUUACUAGUAGAUUAUUUGAAAUUUUAAAAACAUAGCUUCAACAUUCUUAGGAGUACCUGAGUGCAAGACCAAAUGGGGAUUGUGGGGUGGAUAACACCACGGUAUGCGAAUUUGGAGAGAUGUAGAGUUUGGCCCAUUUGUUGGCCUACUGAUUACUAUCAGUAGAAUAUACAAAAAGAGAUAGAUUUUUGGUUAAUGUUAAAGCCAAAAAGGUGACUAGUUGGUAGUUUGAGCUUUGAUCUGAACACAAAAUAAAUAAAUUAAAGCAUUCUUAUGCAUUGACAAAGAUUUUGGAGAAAAAAUCCAUUACAUGUACAAAGUACUAAUUAACCAAAACGUUAAUUGAGGCUUGUGGGCACCAGGCUGAUAUUGAAUAGCACUCUAGUACCUCAAUUUAAUGUGUUAAAUCACACAAAGUUUUGAAAUGAAUUAUAGACAUGGAAACACUAUGAAAAAAACAUGAGGUUACUAUCUGCAUGUCCCGGAUGUUGAAAUUGUUAAUGGAGUUAUCUUCAUUCAUGAAUGGAUUUAGCUCAGUGAUCAUCUAGUUAUCAAUCAGAGACAUGGCUUUCCCACUCAGCUUCAUACCACACCCUCCCUCUCUUCAUUAAUGUUCUGGCUAUGUUUUAAUAGCUGGUAUUUGUGAUGGGGGCAUCUGAUCCAAUGCUUGAGUUAAAUAUAGCCCUGUCUAGUGUAAGGAGAAGAUUUAAUGGGAAAUGGUUAGCAUUCUUUCUCCCUAAAGAACAAGAGGGAGAGGGAGAGAGAGACGAGAGAGACAUGCACACAUAAACAUCUUGAACCAGUGAGAGGCUGAAGGAGAAAAGGCAAGCAGAAAAGACAGUGGUCAAGAAAUCAUACAGCUCGCAGCCAGAAUGGUUAUCCUCAGCUGGAUUGCUCUGGGAUUUUAUCUUCAGCUCUUUUUCUGCUGGGCUUUGUCUCAAACCUCUUUUGUCGACAGUGUCUUCUCCAUUUCAGCAGGUAAAUGACAACCUUGCUUUCCUCUUGCCCUCCCUUGUCUGGACCAGAAGAAACGGAUCAAUACUAACCGAGGAUGCUCUUUUAUCGCUCUUGCUCUUCCUCCUCCUCCUCCCCCUCCUCCGCCACCACCACCAUUAUUUCCUCCACCACACUUCACACAUGGGUGGGAUUCUAAAGAUGCUAUAUGGCACUGCACACCAAAACAACUAGACACAAGGACAGUUCUAUCUAACAAAAUGAAAUUCAACAGUGAAAAAAAUGUUGUUUUCUCUGGAUCUGAAAAACUUGUGUCAAGAGCUUCAAAUAACACAAUCUCCCUGUGCAGAAUCUGUAUGCCCCCCAGGACCUCCUGGCCCCCAGGGCCCACAAGGUAUUCCUGGUGUGAAAGGACCAAAGGGAGUAAAAGGUGAGAUUGGAAGACCAGGAAGAAAGGGCAGUCGAGGUCCUCCAGGUGUCCCUGGAAUGCCAGGAUCAAUUGGAUGGCCUGGUCCAAUGGGACUAAAGGGUGAAAAGGGAGAUUUAGGUUUGAUGGGAUUGCCAGGUAUAAGAGGACCAAUGGGCUUCAAGGGUAAUACAGGUGGUCCCGGAGAAAAGGGAGCUCAAGGACAGAAAGGAGUUAAAGGCAGCAAAGGUGAUAAGGGAUACAUGGGUUUCCCUGGAAUGUUGGGGCAAAAGGGAGAAAUGGGUCCAAAGGGAGAAGCUGGUGCAUCAGGACACAGAGGGCCGACUGGACGGCCAGGGAAACGAGGCAAACAAGGACAAAAAGGAGACAUAGGACCUCCUGGAAGUAUAGGCCCACCAGGACAGUUAAUAGCAGGGCAACUAAUGGGGCCAAAGGGGGAAAGAGGAUUUCCAGGACCUCCAGGGAAAUGUCUCUGCAACUCUCAGCCAAAUGUGAAUGGCCCACCUUAUGAGGAAUCACUGUUUGGAGAGGUCUAUUCUAAAGUACCUGCAAUUUUUGUAGUGAAUAAUCAGGAAGACCUGGAAAGAUUAAACACAGAAAAUGCUCUAGCAUUUCGAAGAGAUCAGCGAUCUUUAUAUUUUAAAGAUACUUCUGGAUGGUUUCCAAUCCAGCUAAAACCUUCCUAUCCACUGGAUCAUCUGCUAGGAGAUAAUAACAUCUGUGGAGAUGGCAUCAUCCAAGAUGGAGAAGAAUGUGAUGAUGGCAACACCAUUGUGACUGAUGAUUGUAUAAGAUGCCACCAUGCUUAUUGUGGAGAUGGCUAUCGGCAUGAAGGUGCAGAAGAAUGUGAUGGGAAUGACUUCGGAUACUUAACAUGCAAAACAUAUCUCCCUGGGUCUUAUGGAAAAUUACGCUGCACUUCUUACUGUUAUAUUGACUCUACAGAUUGUAGGUAUUUUACAUGAAAAGUGAGUGGUGAGAAAGGAGUAACCUAUAUAUGACAUGCAUGCAUCAGGUGCUACAUUACUAUCAUCAAACCAAGACUGGAGGCUAGAGAAACAAUCAACGCUGCAACAACCAUUGUCAUGUUGCCAUGAUGAUUGGAGAUAAGUGAUAAUUGCCUGAUCACAGUGGAAGAAAAUCGAACCAUCCUUUCCUGUCUUAAUAGAAAACAUCCAGUGACAGUAAGAUUCAAAAUUUGCCUUUUUCAUGACUGGCUGAAGAAAUUUUCCUGUGUAUCAAGAACAAAAACAAACCAAAGGAAUACUAUAUUUGACUUCAUACUGUUAGGUUAUUAAAAUACAAUAAUACCUCAAUUUAGCACUGUUAGUUCUUCAAAUAAGCUCUUCAAGUUUUCUUAACAAGACUUUUCCAGGAUAAAAGCAAAUCAUAAUCUGUUGGCAGUGUUUAUAAGGAGACUUUUGCUUUUGUUUUUUAAUUAUUAUUACAAUGUGAAAUUUGUACAUGCUUUAGCUGCAUGAAUUACGUGGAAACACUUUGUUUGUUGAUUUGGGCAAUUUAAGCUGCAGCCCAGUGCUCUCUAAUGUUAUAUUAAAUAUCACCAAACUCAUUAUGAUUUAACUUCUGUUCAGAUAUGCCCAACUAAGAGCUAAAGCGAAAUAAAGACUAGUUUUAGUUUAAAAAAAAUAAACCCUACAUUAAAACAAGAGAGAUGCAAUAAGAUUAAAUCAUACUUGCUGACAGUUUAAAUGGGACAAUUAGGAAGGUACCACAUUUUCUGGCUAAUAACACCAAUGAAAUAGAUAGACACUGUUCAGAAUCCUAGGAAUAGGAUCAGCUUCUGAUGCUGAAAGAAAUAAUGCCUUGAGCUCAUAUUCCAGUCAGCUAGAGCCAACAUGGCCAAUAGAUGAGUAAUGUUGGAAAGUACAGUUCAGCGAUUUCUGAAAGUCUGCAGCACAUUGUAUUUAAAAACUAAGGACUCCUAUGCAAGUUUGUUCAGAUGCUAGUUUCAUGUCUAGUGUGUCUAAACAUUCAGGAAACUGUGGUUAGAGUUGUAGUCAGAUUUCCUGCAAGUCCAGAACAGUAGCUCAGAUGGAGCAAGCUAGUGAAUAUUCUUCCAUGCAUUGUAUUCAUGAAAAUAUUUGGAAAUAAUAAGAUCCUAACUGAAUUCAUCUAAAAUAUACACUGUUACACCUACCACUGCGUUUGAAAAGCUGAGUUGCAUUAAUGAUAAUUGUUGAGAAACUUUCAAUCAAACUUUAAUUCUGGUUUAUUUGCCAGGAAAUGUUAACUGCUCACUUUUAUUGAUUUCCAGUCUGAUAAUUGCUUUCCAGUAUCAGCUUUGUAUAACAUUAUAUAUGAUUGUGUAUAUAUUCCUAUUUGUACAGCUUAGUCUAAAUGCUGUAUAGAUUUUAUAUGUAUAUAAAUGGCUGUUCUUUUCCUAUUUUUUAGAAAAAAAAUUAUCAGCAUUUAGAAUAUUAUUUACUUUAUAGCAGACAUUAAAAAGGAAAUUUUGCAUUGGAAAUAUGCUAAGAUCAAAUUGAAACUUUAAAUGCAGGUAGAUUAAUUUUUCAUUUAGCGAAAUACCAGUUCAAAUUAAAAUAAUUAAGACAGGCCACUCUUUUCCUGCUAUUAUUGAUCCAAAAUAUAUGUUUGAAAUGCAUGAAACUUGUAAAACAUUGGUUACUGUUAUAUUCUGCUUUUUCUGUAGAUAUUAAAUACAGAGGACAGCACACAAUUAUAAUAAAAUUAAUCUAACAAUUAUUCAUCCUUUUUACCAUAGAUAUGUAGAUUAUUUUAUGUCUGCAUGUGUAUAGUAUUGUAAAAAUAUUUUUUUAAAUAAAAACCAUUCCAUUA